AGAGAAGGGAUCUGAGUGGCUGCCGUCGCUUGAUUGACAGAACCAGCGCUCGGUGGGGGCGGGGGAUGAUAUUGAUGACGACGGCGACGGUGGUUCCGGGCUCCGAAGCAACCCCUUCGGAGGUGGUUGUACGUCACAGUGUUACUUUUCGCAUUUGUCGGUUUUAGGAGAGUGUAUAAUGUUUAUUAUUACACUCUUAAAAGCGACAAAUGAGAAAAGUCACACCGUGACGGCAUGGGGAAGGGUGACGUCGCGGAGCGACACGUCAGUCCGCUGCCUCUCCCAAGAUGGCGGCGGGACGGAGGAGGCGGGGUCGGAGGCGGCGCGCGCUGACGUCACGGGUGGGCUGAUCUGGGCCGGCGAGCGGGAAGCGAGGCGGAGGCCGUGCCGGAGCGGAGUACGGCGGCCGGCAGGGCCCCGAGGGCGGAGCCUCCCCAGUCAUUCACGAAGCCGGGCGGGCGCUGCCGCUGCUCUCCCUCUCCCGUCUCAGGGGUCGCCGCCCCCGCCAUGGCCGGCUACGAGUACGUGAGCGCCGAGCAGCUGGCCGGCUUCGACAAGUACAAGUACAGCUCUGUGGACAGCAAUCCCCUCUCCCUGUACAUGAUGCAUCCGUUCUGGAAUACGGUGGUGAAGAUUUUCCCUACAUGGCUGGCCCCAAAUUUGAUAACGUUUUGUGGCUUCCUGCUGCUUGUCUUCAACUUCUUCCUCAUGGCAUACUUUGACCCUGACUUUUAUGCGUCUGCACCUGAUCAUGAACACGUUCCGAACAAAAUAUGGGUCAUUGUGGGCCUUCUCAAUUUCGCAGCUUACACAUUAGAUGGAGUGGACGGGAAGCAAGCUCGCCGCACCAAGUCCAGCACCCCUCUGGGGGAGCUCUUUGACCACGGCCUGGACAGCUGGGCCUGCAUGUUCUUCGUGGUGACCGUUUACUCCACCUUUGGCCGGGGGCCCAACGGCGUCUCCGUCUUCGUCCUCUACCACCUCCUGUGGGUGGUCUUGUUCUCUUUCAUCCUCUCGCACUGGGAGAAGUAUAACACGGGGAUUCUCUUCCUGCCCUGGGGGUACGACAUCAGCCAAGUGACCAUUUCCAUCGUGUACAUCGUGACCUCCGUGGUGGGAGUGGAGGCCUGGUACGAACCUUUCCUGUUUAAUAUCUUAUAUAGAGACCUAUUCACGGCAAUGAUCAUUGGUUGCGCGGUCACCGUGACUCUCCCCAUGAGCCUGCUCAACUACUACAGAGCGUACAAGAGCCGCACUUUGAAGCACCGCUCCUGCUACGAGGCGCUGCUUCCUUUCCUCUCGCCGGUGCUGCUCUUCGUCCUGUGCAGCGUCUGGAUCUUCCGGUCGCCGUCGGACAUCCUGCAGACCCACCCCCGCCUCUUCUACUUCAUGGUCGGCACAGCCUUCGCUAACAUCUCGUGCCAGCUGAUCGUCUGCCAGAUGAGCAGCACCCGGUGCCAGCCCCUCAACUGGAUGCUGCUCCCGCUGGGCCUGGUCAUCCUGGUGGUGCUGUCGGAUGUGGUGCCCCACAGCGAAGCCCUCCUCCUCUACUUGCUCACCGUUCUCAUCACCUUGGCUCACAUCCACUACGGAGUCAGUGUGGUGAGCCAGCUGAGCCGGCACUUCCACAUCCGGCCCUUCUCGCUACGGAAGCCCAGCUCUGAUUGACUAGACGUGGAGGCGGCAGCAGCAGAGGAGCAAGUCGGCCUGCAGUCUGCAGAGGCGCUGGAAGCCCAGCCGCCUGUGUAAAUAUUCUUCAGCCAUCACCAUGGAACUCCACUGCCCCCCUCUGCAUGGUCACGGGGGGCGGGGGGGGGGAGGCCUGGCAGCAGGGCCGUUCCUUCCCUGCCCCCACCCCCACCGAGACUCUCACAGAUCCUGUGCAGCCCGUUAAGCCACCGGAGGGCAGGGGAUGCCCACGCCUGCCUGCCUGCCUGCCUGCCUGCCUGCCUUCGUGGUCCUGAGCAUGCAGCAGACCAGCGGCGUGCCCAGGGAAGCCUCACAGCCAGGCCUGGACAGCAGUGCCUCUCGGGACCCUCCAGGAGACCCCAAAACACAGCGACUGGCCGUGGCUCUGGAGACAUCCACAGGGACGUGACCUGCACGACGAGGAGCCCUUGGAGGCAAGGAGGAGACAGGAGCUUUGUGGAGCUGGUCCUGCAAGGAAACCUCCCGCGUAAGGGACUUGGUGGCAGUCGGGUGGGCUGAGGCAAGGUGCCACCCCCCAGUUGUGGCUGCUGCAUAGCCAAAGCGCCCGUCGGCCCGCUGGCUCCUGGAAACUCCGGUGUGUUUGGGCAGAGCUUCUGCCUGCCCUGGGCGAUCAGCCACGCGUGGGGCUCCAGCUGCCUUGGCGGACAGAGCAGACCCUCCGACCUCCCUCUCCCUGCAGGAUCCCGUGGUGGCCAGUCGCCAGCCCCUUCGGUGCACCUGCCACUGCAAUAUUGGGGCUGGGGCGGGCAGGGGGUGCUUCCAAUAUGUUUGUGUGUGGAUGUGUGUGUGUGUGUGUGCGCGCGCACCUUUCCAGAGCUGCACUCUUUCCCCAGGGGAAGGAAUUCACUGCCUUCGUGGCGGGAAAUUUGAUUUGAAUUCUGCACCCAACUUCAAUAGAGAUUUCUUCUGACCAAGUGGCUUGUUUCUGUUAAUGAUCCAAGCGGAAACGUUCUUUUCAGCAAUUCUUUAAUCCUGUUUCAGUUGAGUGGUGGUGAAGGUCACAUGCUGACUUUUCUCUCUUCUGUUUGACACUUGAUUUAAUGAAGACUUUUUGGUUAACUCGUGUGUGUGUGUGUGUGUGUGUGUGUGUGUGUGUGUGUGUGCGUGCUCGUAUGAAGAGUGCAGCCUAAACCCAUCCUUUUUGGAAAGGUCGCACCCGGAAGAAACCGAGCGCAGCAAAGGAUGACUGUGUGUCAUUAACAGCAGGGGCAGAGUUUGCCUUUUCCAUGGUUUGACACAGGAGGAAGUUCUGCCCUAGUGGCUCCCUCUUGUGGACAACAUAUUCCAUUCUGUAGGAAAAUUUUGAAUUGUGAAACUGCUCUUUAUUGUGUCUUUUGUAAACUUGAAUCAUUAUGUCAAGCAAGAUGUAAGCAACAGAACACCCAGCAGCCUGCGCGCCCGCCUGCUUGCUUGCUUGCUUGCUCGCUCGCUCUCUUUCUUGUAAAUAGAUCCUUUGAGGGGGGAAACAAAUUGACCACAGAUGCCAUUUCUGUUGAUUACUGAGUGAGAGAAGAGCCAAUUCAGUCAGUGAGUGUUUCAUUUUGCAAGAAGCAGCAGGAUCGAGGCCUGUUUGCUGGGCAGGGAUGAUGAAACACGAUGAUUCUGAUCUUGCUUGAUUGAUUAAUGCUUCACAGCUGUGAAUGGAGAGUGGGGGUCUGGGGGAUUUUUUCAUUGGGUUUUUUUUUUAAUUAUUAAAUGACUUUGCACAGAAAAUGGUUGGGUGUACAGAGGAAUUGAGACAUGCUUGAAUAUUUAACGCUGCAUCCAUUGGAAUGAACUACAGUAAUCAAUUGUAAAUCACAUCAGAGACAUUAAGAAGCAGGCCGCUGACUCCUGCUGAGCUGGGGUUGGAGUUGGUGGGUUCAGAGCAAGGCUGCGGGAGGGACGUUCUGGGUUUGGGGCAAGUGUUCAAUCAUUGCGGAAUCACUUGGUCUCUCCCCCAGCCCCAAUGCCUCUGGAGGAUCUCUUUCCUUUUCAAGCUGGCAGUCAGUGCUGUGACCAUGUCCCACAGGCAACUGUGACAUCAGAAUCCUUUAGACCGAAGAGAACUUUGCCCAGAAGCCAAAGACCUUGGGUAGGCGGGAAAUGUUGGACACAGCUUUGUAGCACUGAUUUAAUGAUAGGAGCCAGUCAGUCAGUCCUGCAGGCCCUGCCGAGAAGCACACUUGGCAGCAUCCACGCCCAGCUGCCUGUGCCCAGGGUGGUGCCAGCAUCGCUUCCGGCUGGCAAGGUCUGCCGCUGGGCUAACUUCCCGGCUGGUCUUUCUCUCUGUCCAAACAAAACACCGGCUUCUUCUUUCCCUUCCUAUCUGGGCUUCUCAAUAAGGAAUUUGGUGCCUUAACUGACUUGAGGAAAAAGUCAACUGUCUUGUACAAAAGGGUUGGUUUUUUUAGAGUGUUGUCCAGGUUAAUAGAGAAAGUGUGGCAUACUGGGAUGUUAAAAUGGGCUGGAAGGAAGGGGAAUUAAUUUUAUUUGUGCUCUUUUGUCUUAAUGUCGGUACCAUUUUAAAAAUUUAAAAUCCCAGUAGGAACCAGAUGCACCAAACUUUUGUCUUUGGUGUUUGGAGCACCUUUUUCUCUUUUCUUUCCCCUUCAUCUCAAGUAUUGGUAAAAUAAAGGUAUUGUGUACUGAACAGGGGUGACCGUGUUUUCUGCCACUUGUCUCCCCAGGUUCAGGAAUGAAAGAGUAUGAAAGCAACAGUGGGCGUUGUUCUCUGUCUGCAUCCAGCCUCCCUUUGCUCCCUGGAUCCUGCUCAGUGAGUGAAGGGGCUGUUUCCUUCCAAGCGUGAGGCAGGGGCGGCCGUAAUACGUUGUUUAGCCUUUUCAAAACAGUGAACCAAACGGCUUCUCUCUCUGACCGGCUGGGAGCAAAGUUUUGCUGAUGUAGCUGGAUCUGUUGCCAGCAGAUGCUUUUGUGGCCUUUUGAGGCACUCCUCAAAGCCAUUCUUUGGAGAUGCAAUUGGAAGAGUGUGAGCAGAGAGGCCUGCGGGGUGGGGUGGGGUGGGGGGCAGAUUCCCCACUGGUGCUCUGCAGGCCUGCAAGUUUCAGCUUUGGGUAGUGAGCUUUGGUCCCCAAAAUGGCGCUAUAGAAAGGCGGUCAGCUUUUACAGCCGCUCAGCAACCCCUUGGUAUGUACAAAGACUUGGCUGAAGCCAGAAGAUGGUUGUGCAGCGCUACAGCGAGAGGGGAAUUGGGUGGCUUUGGAUGGGAUGUGAGUGGCUCAUUUGCAUGUAGAGAGCUGGCACAGAAACUGGGGAGCAGAUUGCUCCCAGAAGAGAGCCAUGUGUGGCUGCUUUGGGGCUGCCCUCCUUUUGGGUGGUGUGUCUGCCCUGAUGGCCAGUUGGUUUCAGAGUCGUGUGUGUGCUGGGCAAGGCUCUCCAUGGUGCCUUGGCUCCAACCCACUGAUGUGUGGGGCACAGUUUUGGGUUGGGUGUUUUCCCCAAGUGCCAUUUCCAUUGGAAAACUGUCCCUAGGGUGUAGAGUGCUGUUGUGAUGAUUUGAGGGAGCCUGCUCUUCUUGUUGACCUUUCUCUCUCUACCCCACCCCCCAAUCCUGGGUUGAGCACCAGUUUUUCCUCCACCAUUGGUCUAGGAUAAGGCUCCAUCUGGGGGCCCUGCUGCUCUUUUGUGGGCCCAUCAGGAAACCCAAGCUCUCCAGCUUAGGGCCAGGCCUUGGCAUUCAGGCAGGCAGCAUCUGGGGCCGUCUGUGUGACUGGCAAGGGGACCCUUGGGGCAGCUCUGCCUUGGCAGAGACCCCCGCCCUUGCCCACUGAGACAUGCUGAAGAGCUUCAGUUGAAGUGUAGCAGUGCUCUUCUGAUCUGGCGGGGUGGGGGGGCGCUAGGAGUCUCCCGUUCUCUGCACGCAACAUUACUCUGAGCAGGGGCACUUCUGUGCCGCAUCCCAAAGUGGAUCCAGCAGGAAGCAGGGAUGGACCUUGCCUGAGAUUUGGACCAGGUGGUCUUCCUGGCUCUCUAGGUCUUUCCAUGACUCUGUUCCAUUUUGAGAAGCAGUUUGUAGGCUGCUGUGUGAAAAAUGUGGGUGGCAGCAUUUUAUCAUUGUGUAUGUGAGGAGAUCAACUUGGACAAGGAGUUGGGCUUGUCUUUUCUUCCUUCUCCACCCCCACCCCACCCCCUGGAGAGGGAAGGCAAAAAGGUGGUUCCUUUUUUAGAGUUUGGCCCUCCAAGUGGUGCCUCUGUCUUUGCUGGUGCUCUCGGCCAGGAAGGACUUCUUGGGAUCUCUGACUGGUCUUUCUGCACAGCAUCCAGUCCACCAGGGCUGGCUGUGUCCAAGCAAGCUGAUUGUACAGAUUAUUAUUAAUGAAAGCAAAUUGCAAUAGGAAACUGUACAUUGUCACUGCAGAGUUCUCCACAACCCUUCACGCUUCAUUGGGAUUCAUGUCUGUCUUAUGCGUUGUUGGGUGGUUGAUGGUCUUGCAAUGAAUAUGGAUUCUGAUCCAUGAAAUGCCAUUACUGGUAAAUAUUUAUUGUAUUUAAAAAAAAGAAAAAAAGGAAACUACGAAACCUACUAUGAAAUUCAACUCUAAUAAAUACUUUUCCAAGCUUUUUAA